AUGGCUUCCGGCUCCAUCUUCACUUUUGAUACCGAUCCCCAGCGGGUCUCUUCUCCCUGGCUGGCCCCCCAGGACUCGGCAAGGAAGCCCAGGUCCGACGAUGGACAGGUCCAGCCCGGACACAUCUCGGACUAUGGCGUGACCAAGUUGGAGGCCGAGCCACAAGAGGGCCCGACUGAAUACAAGCUUCAUCUCUUAUUGCGACCACGACGUACCUAUACGUCCAUGAGCGCCAUUGCCUCCUCUUGCAAUCCUAAAACCCCGGUCUCUCGUGCCUCCAAGAUCGCAUCGGCAGCUCUAUCGGCCUCGAGCCAGAGUCGACAAGUGCGUUUACAGCAACUGACGACACAAUUGCUUUGGAGACUUCAACAGUCAUGCGCCUACCAUGCAUUGAAUCCCAAAGAUCUCAUUAUCCCAAAGCUUCCCAAUGACACAGACGACCUGAGCCAGGCCAUGACGCCACAGAAACCGCCUCCGGGCCUGGAGGAAUCUCGUGGGGCUUUAUACGAGAUUGGAGUAGCCGAUGAUGGUACCCUCGUAGGCUUGACCAAGGACGAGAUGGAUGAGAGCAUCACAACCCUCAGGGUCAUGGCCGCUACGUUAGGGUGCCGGGUCGAAAUCCUACGCCAUGUUGUUGUAGGCGAAUGCGAAUGGUUGGAGACGUCUGAAUUGGUCGACAAUGAGGCGACCCAACCUCUUCAGGUUGCCCGGCAGGGAAGACUUUGGGUUGUGGAAGCACUGGUCACUCCUGACUACUCGACGCCGCAUGCCGAGCCAGAGGGCUCCCGGGACACUCGCCACGGAACCAAGCAGUCUCCACGAGCCAAGGAGGCUGUCGUGCUACCAAGCAGAGGGCGUUCCACUACCGAUCAGCUGAGAAUAACUCUCACUGGCCCAACAACUUCGGGGAAAUCCACACUGUUGGGAACACUCUCCACGGGGACGGUUGAUAACGGGCGCGGGAAAAGUCGCAUUAGUCUUUUCAAGCACCGACACGAGGUAGCUUCGGGGCUCACCAGCUCUGUUGCACAAGAGCUUAUAGGAUAUAAGGACCAUUGUAUCUUCAACUACUCGCAGGACCACGUCGAAUCAUGGAUCGAUAUCCACGACAGUGCCGAGGACGGACGCCUUGUGUUUGUCUCUGAUUCAGCUGGCCACCCCCGCUACCGCCGAACCAUCCUUCGUGGCCUUUUCGGCUGGGCUCCCCAAUGGACGGUUCUCUGCAUCGCUGCAGAUGACGCAGACGCAAGCUCGGCCAAAGACGGAGCUAGUUCCUCGGCUAACGAGGUCCUAGGGAUAGCAGGUGCCGGCGUUGACCUUGCAAAAGCCCACCUGGAGUUGUGUCUGAAGCUCAAGACCCCUUUGGUUGUUGUUAUCACAAAGCUGGACUUGGCUACCAAAAUAAGUCUUCAGCGAACCCUUGGCCAGCUGCUGACUCACAUCAAAGAGGCCGGGCGACUUCCCAAGAUUCUCCAGCCAGCUCUACAUAGCGCCCAGGAGUGGACCAACAUCUCCUCAGCUGACCUCGACAAAGUCAAGGCCGCCACAACAGAGAUGGAGCGGGAUGGGGACUUGCUCAAAUUCGUUCCCAUCAUCCUUACCAGUGCUGUUAGUGGUGCUGGCAUUGGCUUGACCCACGCCCUUUUGGAGAGCCUGCCUCUUCCACCGGCGCCUACUGCACAGGAUUACGUUGGACCGGCACUCAACCCGGAACAACCUUUGUGUCUGUUCCAUAUUGAUGGCACGUUUAGUCUUCCGGCUUCCUACGCCUCCCUAGCCGAAAACCCGAACCAGAAUGAUAUGGGAACCGUCGUGUCCGGUUACUUGCGGUUCGGCCAGCUCUCGGUUGGGGACAGCAUUGUCGUCGGACCCUUUCCUUCAGGUGAUGACGAUUUCAAAGGCAUGACACCGGAAGAUCGAUCCUCCCCCGGCAACUGUGGGCUGUCAAUAUCUCAUCCCGCGUCGGCGGAACUGGCAAAGAUCGCGAUACGCAAUACGGUCGCGGCCUCGACAAUCAAAGGAGAGUGGCAUGAGGCAAAGAUUGUCAGUGUCCGCAACUUGCGGUUGCCCGUCAACACUCUCGAAGCUGGCCAAGUCGGUACCAUUGGCAUCGUAUUAGAUAUUCCCUCGGAUGGUUUCGUCGAAGGGGCCGUUGAGCCUCCAGCGACUGCUCCUCGAAUUCGCAAAGGCAUGGUCCUGGCCAUUCCAUCCAAACAUAUGAUAGACACAGGCAUGCCUCUCCAGGCAGCCAGCGGGCUAACAGUGUCUUUCAACGACCUGAACGCGGCAUCUUUGAUGUGCGGUUCCCUUGUCAACGUCUAUGUCGGCAGUGUUCGCGCAGCCGCUAAAGUGAAGGGGGUCACCAGGCUACCAACCAAGGAUGGAUUAAGAGACUCAGGCACGGACGAGGCUGAAGAGAUCUUCAAUAUGAACGAGCACGACGAGUACGCCUGCAGUUCCGUGCCAGAGGUCUCUGGAGGAGUCCAGGCAACGCUUGAGCUGUUGACUAGCAGAGAAUGGGUUGAGAUGGGUUCGCAGAUACUGGUGCUCGAGGGAGGACGGAAUGAUAGAUCUGGCUUAGAGGGUUUCGUUGGCACCGUUGUAGAGAUUGUUGACUGA